AUGGACUCUGGUGAUUCGGAUGACCAGAGUGAGGAGGAAGUGGUCCUGCGGGACGCAACCGACUUCGACUACGAACGCUUCGAUCCAGUCUUGAUCAGGGGACAACAACACUUGUACCCAGGUGAAAUUUCCCCCGAAAUUCGGGAGUAUUUGGGUGAUCCUCCAGAUACAUGCCCAUGCCAGAUGAUAGGACCAGCUCGAAGUAUUUUCUACAUGUGUGGGUUUCAUAAUAUCGUGGCGAUGAUCGAUGACCCGGCCUAUGUCCUUGAGGACGAGGUCGAAAAAGUCCCCAGGAGUACGGUCCUCCACCAUAUGGGAUUCAGGACGGACCCUGUGGUUCCCAUUUUCACCGCAUUUUCGAUUCCUACUGCAGUCACCUCGACGGUCGCCACCCAUCGAAUCACAAAUCUCUAUCCCACCUGCCGACCGAGAUCAAACUCGGAGACUGUAAGAUGUCUCCAGUUGAAGAAUGCCAAAAACUCGGCGAAGUUUGGGAAAGAGGCAAAAGAACACUUUCCCGAUGGGCUUCUGGAUAGCGACUCGCUGGUUUUUUGCGGUCUAUCCCUAUCCACACUAGAGCUAUGCUUGGCCUUCUUCGUCCCCUUUAUCAAAGCCAGCUCUCUCGACAAUGAGUUCGGCCCCGGCAUAUACGUCACAAGCAACAUGGAGGUGGCGAAGGACUGCGCUGGGAGUAACGGGGCGAUAAUGGUAUUCCAGAAGCCAGAUGAGCGCGACCUAGCAGUGUGGAAGCCGACAAAGAUGAAUGGAACCGAUUGA